GCGGCAAGACUACGGCCAAUUCACCUGCCAGGGCUGCAAAAGUUUCUUCAAUAGGAGCGUCCGGGGGACUUAACUUACACAUGCCGUGCCAACAGGAACUGUCCCAUCGACCAGCACCACCGCAACCAGUGCCAAUACUGCCGCCUCAAGAAGUGCCUCAAAGUGGGCAUGAGGCGGGAAGCGGUUCAGCGAGGAAGAAUGCCUCCAACCCAACCCAAUCCAGGCCAGUACGCGCUCACCAACGGGGACCCCCUCAACGGCCACUGUUACCUGUCGGGCUACAUCUCUCUGCUGCUGCGCGCGGAGCCCUACCCCACCUCGCGCUAUGGCAGCCAGUGCAUGCAGCCCAACAACAUCAUGGGCAUCGAGAACAUCUGCGAGCUGGCCGCGCGCCUGCUCUUCAGCGCCGUCGAGUGGGCCCGCAACAUCCCCUUCUUCCCGGAUCUGCAGAUCACCGACCAGGUGUCCCUGCUCCGCCUCACCUGGAGCGAGCUGUUCGUGCUCAACGCGGCGCAGUGCUCCAUGCCGCUGCACGUGGCGCCGCUGCUGGCCGCCGCCGGCCUGCACGCCUCGCCCAUGUCCGCCGACCGCGUCGUGGCCUUCAUGGACCACAUCCGCAUCUUCCAGGAGCAGGUGGAGAAGCUCAAGGCGCUGCACGUCGACUCGGCCGAGUACAGCUGCCUCAAAGCCAUCGUGCUGUUCACGUCAGAUGCCUGUGGCCUGUCGGACGCCGCCCACAUCGAGAGCCUGCAGGAGAAGUCUCAGUGUGCGCUGGAGGAGUACGUGAGGAGCCAGUACCCUAACCAGCCCAGCCGCUUCGGCAAACUGCUGCUGCGCCUGCCCUCCCUGCGCACAGUGUCCUCCUCGGUCAUCGAGCAGCUGUUCUUCGUCCGUUUGGUAGGUAAAACCCCCAUCGAAACUCUCAUCCGUGAUAUGUUACUGUCUGGGAGCAGCUUCAACUGGCCUUACAUGUCCAUCCAGUGUUCCUAAUCCUUGGGCACUUCCCACCUGCCCCCACCUCCUUAGAGACUCAGAGGACCUGCGGGGGCCAUGGACUCCAAAGCCUGGGGGACCGGGCAGCUGAUGCAGGGUGCAGCGUGCGGGGCAGGCUGGGCAGGGGGGAGGAGGGCCGGGAAGGCAGGAGCAGCCCACCCUACAGAAAUGCAACCCAAGCUACAAUCCAGGAGAAAAAGAGACUCUUUUAGGAUCAGAUCUGUGAACACAUUGGAAAGGAAAGGAAAAGGACCUUGUGUCUGGUGAGAAAAAGAAAACAAUCUUUGGAAGAGAGGACCAUGAGAAUUUUAAUAAAACAGAAGGAGACUAAUGGACCUUCCAGGAUUUAUUGUGGACGGAUGUGGAUAUAUUCUGUACAGAAAACAACACAUGGAAGUGGACUGAAUCCUAUGUAGAAACACACACGCACCCCCAAACAUGGUUAUUCAUUUUGUAAGAUACUAGUCUUUAUUUUCAUUUUUUGUAAAAUUUAAACAUCGUAUGCACAUAAAAAAGGAAACAAGAAUUAGGGGAAAAUAACAUUUUCCAAAUAAUUAUAAAAAAUUGUCCUGUGUCUAUGUAUCUAUAUCUGUUUUGUAUUUUUUUCUGGUUCCAAACCAGAUUUCCUGUGAUUCUAUACUAAUAAUUUUUGAUAUAACCCUUUGCUUCUUAUAAUGAGUGCGAUAUAUGUUGUCAAGGCUGUUCUUCAAGAAUUAAAAUUGAAGUGAAAAUUUAAACAAAAAUAAAAGAAUUUAGCAAAA